AUCUCACUUCCGACAUGAAUUGGUCAUCAUGGCGGCCUCUAGCAAUCCGGGAAUUCCUGUUGAUGAAAUGAAAAUGACUAACCGUAUCAUGUGUUUCCAAAGGAAACAAGCAGAUGGUUGCUUCGCCCUGGGUAACAUGUUCAGUCAAAUCGAUGACCGUGGAGACAAAGCUGCUAAGUUAUACCAGCACACCUGCGAAACAUACAACCAUGGGCCUAGUUGUUUUUACCUUAGCAACUAUUUCUUUUUUGCAAGAGGUGAACUGCGUAAAGACACGAAGAAAUUUCUAGAGUAUGCAAAAAAGGGGUGCCAAUACCAGUGUGCCGGUGCUUGCAUGCUACUCGCAGCUUUUUUUCACCCAGCGCAUACCAGAAUCCCGUUCCGGGAUGACAGUGAUAUGAAAAUGAAAGACUUCAGCAAAACAGUGGACUACUAUGAAAAAGCCUGCCAAAUGAACAAUUCAGAAGGCUGUGUGAAGGCUGGAUCAGCGUACUUAUACGGAGCCACAAAUUUAAACUUUGACAAAAAUGAGGCGAAAGCUUUACCUUAUUUCAUUAAGGCGUGUGAGAACGGAGAAGGGCUAGGUUGUGCUCUUGCCUAUCGUCAGUACAAAGAUGGUCUAGGAGUUCAAGCUGACCAGAAACUUGCAGAGCUCUAUUCAGCUAAGUAUGAAAAUAUAAAUCGUGAAAAAAAGAGACAAUAAAUGUAAUCACAAAGGAUGAUAUAUUUUUAAGAAUGGAAUUGUUUUGAUACAUUAAAUCUGAUUUUUGUGCGGCA